GCAUUCUCGGAUAGGACUUUACCUGACAAAACAGGAGAAACGAAAGAAAAAGUCAGAAAAAAAAAGCAGACAUCAAAACAGUGUUAACUUCUGUUUUUUCAAUAAACCUACAAUGGCUGUGGUUUACGAGCAGCGCUCUCCUGAGAAUGGUGCUACUAACUGUAUCAACCAAAGUUUAGACAACAUCCAUUCUGAAGCCAAAGCCCUUCACUUUAUUUACGACCGCCAUUUAUUUGACAGCUAUGCAAUUGCACUAGUCAACAAUGAUGAGCUUUAUGAGAAAUGGAAAAUUACAGAUCCUAAAUUCUGGAGUUCUGACGAUGUGCUCGACUGGCUAUAUUACAUCGGCGAAGAAAACGACGUAGACUUUGGGAAUUUUUCAGCCGAAUCUUUCCAGUGUUUGAAAGGUGAAGACCUCCUCUUAAUGCCCCCGCAAGAAUUUCGUCGAUGUGAACCUACCUACGGCGAACUGAUAUAUUCAAGCUUUUUACGUCUUACUAGCCGGCAAAUGGAUGAACUGGGCUAUCAAGUUACAGAAGCGAACACCAGAGCGUCUGAUACAAACGUGUACACCAUAAUAAGAGAAAUAAUGGCGUCAGAGAACAAUUUUCAGUCAGACGACCAAACUUGUUUCAACGCUAACCUUAACCAAAAAGAACAUUUUAAUGAUUCCACUGAACAUAAUCAUCUUCCCUGUUCUUCGUUGCAUGAUGAACCAACCAAUGUUCAGUUCCCACUAGACGUCUCCUUAAACCAAAUCCAAUAUGAUUAUUUGCAGCCAAAAACUGAAUACCAAAUCGAUGAGGAAACAGAUUGCUUCCAAAAUUUAUCAUAUACCACAUUAACAAACAAAAUGGACUGUGAAUCCAAGCCCGACCUCUCAUCUCUCAACACAACCAAAUUAAAAGAGGAGGACGACUUACACACUUCUCGUAGUCCGAAAUCUCUCAAACAAAUGGGUAAAAACGUAACAAGACCCUCUCGUAAACCAACCAAAUGCAAAGCAGCAUCUACGUCGUCCAAGAGUCACUUAAAAGCGCAUAACACCAAAACCAAAAAGACCCGAGCUGGUUGGUAUACAAUAAAUGGGUUCUUUAUUCAUAACCAUGAGGGUUAAAACGAGUGAAGGCGCGUGGUUUAAUGGUUACGGGCAUUUCGCUCGCGAUCGUGAGUUCGAUUCCCGGUGACGCGUUGAGCACGACACUUCAUUUCACGUUUAUGUGCACUUUAGUCUUCACAUCAUGAGAUGAUUGUUAACGAGCGUCACCGUCAUGUAAGCGAUAUUGUUCUUUGCUAGUCGUUCAUGAAAAACGUGCCUGGGAAUGGGAAAUAUUACCUUGCUUAGUAACAGGUGAAGGUUGGCGACUGGGAGGGAAUCCUUUUGUAGAAAACCUACCUCAACGAAAUUCCGUCUAAUCUAUGCAAGCCUGGAAAAUUAGAUGCUUCCAGGGUCAAUUGAAUAAGUACCAG